AAACAAUGUUGAUCUAUAAAUGUAAGCGCGAGUUAUUGCUGUAAAAUAACUUUGGCAAAACCAAAGUCAGUCUUUAAUAAGAAGAAAUAAUAUGAAACAGAAACAUGUCGUGAAUUGUCAAUUUUCUUAUUGGUAUAAAAAGUUUAAAAAUUCGACAUUUCGAAGUAUAGUUAUACCUCUACAAAAGGAAUUCAUUGACUAUCUGAAUCAGGAUGGCGUUGUUUUACCUGGCAGUGAAAGCGAAAAUAUACAACAUGAAAGUGAUUCAGAGUCUGAUGAAUGGUCAUCUGGUGAAGACUGUGAAGCUGCUACAGCAAUAGCACCAGAAUUUCCUGAGCUAAUUCAAUCAAUUGAAAAUGCCAUCAGAGAGCUUGGUGGUACAGUUUUUCCCAAACUUAACUGGAGUGCUCCCAGAGAUGCUGCUUGGAUAAAUUUUGAUGGCACAUUAAAGUGUACUUGUUCAUCUGAUGUCUUUAUUUUGUUAAAAAGUUCUGAUAGAGUUAGCCAUGACAUUAAUCAUCCAUUCAGAAAAUGUGAAGAUGGUGAAGAUGAAAACUUCAUUGAGUCAGAUGGUUACACAUUGAUUUUAAGGAAAUGGAUAACCAUUUCAUCUUGCUCUGAAUUUCGUUGUUUUGUUAAGAAAAACCAAUUGAUUGCCAUAUCACAAAGGGAUACAGCUGCUUAUUAUCCUUAUGUUGCCGACAACUAUAAUACAAUUCAUUCUGCAAUUAAGAAUUUCUUUGUGGAAAAGAUAAUGGGGAAGUUUCCGGAUGAUAGUUAUAUCUUUGACAUCUAUAUAAAUUCUAAUGAUGCUGUAAAAUUGGUAGAUUUUAAUCCAUUUGGUGAAUUAACUGAUCCUUUGCUCUUCACUUGGGAUGAAUUAUCACAGAUUAAUGUUGGAGAUCAAGCUGAACCUUAUGAAACACUAUUCAGAUUUGUCACAAGCUCAAAUGGCGUUCAACCUAGCCCCUUUCUUAGUAGUAGAGUGCCGAGAGAAACCUUAAAUUUAUCUUCUGAUGAUGAUAUCAACAAAAUGGUUGAUUUCCUUAAAUCUACAGAUCUUAUUAAUAUUGGGGAAGACACUAAUUAAGCAGUAGUUGAUAAUGAAUGUCAUUGAAAAUUUUCCUUUACUAUCGUAAUGCUAUAUAUGUUUUCCAUGUUUCAGAUGUGAGAGUAUUGCAAAGAAAGUGGACUUGUAAUUGUUAUAUUUUAUUUAUUUAAUCCAAGAUCUGUGUAAAUAUAGAUUGCAUACUAUAAUUCAUAGGUGUAUGGAUUUUACAUGCACAUAUAUAUCUAGUCAUCUGCUGA